ACAGGAGUCUAACUUCUGAUUGCAUAUGGGCAACUUAUUGACGUCAACCGUGCGCCGGUGAUCGAUUGCCGCUUCCCCGGGUAACGGCGUCGGUUCUCUCUGCGUUGGCGGUACCGCACGCGGAGGCUGAGCAGCGCGUGCACGGAGCCGCAGUCGGUCGGUGACAUUGGCGCGUCGGUGGCGUUGUGGUUGCUGUGCACAAGUUGCUGUGUGCACGGAGCGGUUCCCCCUCCUCCCCCCAGAGGCUGCAACCAUGAGCGAAUACUUCAGCCUGUCGGACGGUGACGUUAUUGGCUUCGACCUGGACCACACGCUCUGCCGCUACCACCUGAAGGAGACCUCCAGGCUGAUCUAUGAAAGUUUUGCCAGAUAUCUGGUGGAGCAUAAAGGCUAUGACAAGGACCUGCUGAACCUGACCCCUGCCACCUGGGAUUUCUGCUUUAAGGGACUCGUGGUGGACCUGGAAGAUGGAAACCUUGUGAAGCUGGCUGAGGAUGGAACUGUCUUGCGAGCUACUCAUGGAACCAAUGACCUCAGCACAGAAGACAUCAUCAAACAUUAUGGCCCAAAGAGGGAGUGGAAACACUUCAACAGCCUCAAUACCUCCUUCACAAGAUCCGCAAAAUACUAUUUCUAUGACAACUACUUUGACCUACCUGGGGCUCUCCUCUGUGGAAGAGUUGUCGACAUGUUGCGCAAGCGAGGGAAUGAGGUGAAUUCCGACUUUUGGAAAGACAUGGUUGCUGCCAUCGACCACAACUACAACACGGCUGCGUUCAAAGCGGAUGCAGGGACGUACUUCCCCAGCGUGAAGAGGGACCCGGGCCGGUACCUGCAGCCCUGCUCCGACUCGGUCAAGGCCUGGCUGCGCAGCAUGAAGAGCGCCGGGAAGCUCCUCCUCCUCAUCACCAGCUCCCACAGUGACUACUGCAGGCUCAUCUGUGAACACAUCCUGGGGAAGGACUUCGAGGAGCUGUUUGACGUCAUCAUCACAAACGCCUUGAAGCCCGGUUUCUUCUCCCUGGUGCCCGAGCAGAGGCCCUUCAGGACCCUUGUGAACGACGUGGAGGAGAGCGAGGGCCUGCCGUCGCUGGACAAACCCGGCUGGUACUCGCAGGGCAACUGGCCGCACCUCCACGAGCUGGUCAAGACCAUGACGGGCAAGCCGGAGCCCAAGGUGGUGUAUUUUGGAGAUAGCAUGAGGUCGGACAUGUUUCCUGCCAGCAGCUUUGGGAAGUGGGAGACGGUGAUGAUCGUGGAGGAAAUGGAAGGGGAGGGCGUUCCGAAGAGCGACUCGGCGUUGUCCAACGAGGCCCAAGUGGAGCCGCUGGAGAAAAGGGGAAAGUUUGAGGAGCAGGGCAUGAAGUCGCCCUCCGAUGUGUCCGAGCAGUGGGGCUCCUACUUUGUCGACGUUCACAGCAGCGGAGGAGGGGACGAGGAGAGCCAGAAACUGACCUGGUGCUGCCACAGUAUUCACAAAUACAGCACCAUGGCCAUCCCCAGUGUCGAGCACAUAGCAGAUCUCCCACUGGAUUACAAGUUCCCCAGGUUUUCUCCAGACAAGCCCUGCACCACCGGCUACUACCCGAGGCCCCCGGAUUCUUUGCUGAGGAGGUGUGAGAGUCUGUCAUAAAAAAGGAAGAAAGAAAGAAAGGGAAAAAAAGGGGGGAAAAGUAAAAAAAAAAAAGAAAAAGUUCUCCCGUAACCCAUUUGCCUCAGGAGAGGAAUGUGCCUCCAUCUUUUCCUGUAGUUUCCCACCUGACCCCACCGCCCUCUGUGGAGCCCAGGAAGCAUACACUCCUCAUUCAGAGAAACCAUGUGAAUGUAAGCCACGGUAUCUCUGUAAUAACGCCAUUUGAACGUUGUUUCGUGGUUUAGUGUACCGUACAUGUGGAAAUAUGACAGUUAGUGUGUGCGUGUGUGUGUUUCUGCAUACAGUAAUAACAGGAAAUGUUGUGUUUUUUUCAUUGUUUCCACGCGUGAGGCCCUUAUUAUUUUCAAUGGUGGAUUGUUUUCAACCUUGAUUACCUUGAUUACCUCAAGAACUCUCUCUACUGUAAGCAGUGCACAGAUGGCCACAGUGUGUUUGUCCCUAAAAAUCCAUUGGAGUCAUUGUGUCAGUAUUUCUAUACAUCUUUUUAAGAAAACUAUGGUUUAACUGUAUGCAUCUUAGUAACCUUAACAUUAGGUUUAAGGUCUACUGUUUCCCUUGUGUCCGUUUUGUAGAAGGUGUUAAUCGUAAUCAGGUCAUUGUUGCCAAAGACCCGGCACAAUGCUGUCCUUUUGUGUGAGCUGUCUCAAAAAACACAACUUUGGUAAACGCCUAAUAAUAUUAAUGGUAAAUGAUAAAGACUAUGCUAGAUGUUCUCUGUAUCGUUUUUCUUUUUUUGUUUUUGGUGCAAUGGUGACAUGUGCUCUUCGAGUGAUUCUGUAAAAACGUGGACUUCUUGUGCUUCAUUCGUGUGCCGUGUGAGAAAAUGCUUUACCGACUUCUGAAUGGUCAUUUUGUCGUUGUGCAUAGACGGGUUGUGCCGUAAUAUAUUAAAAAAAACACUCUGGAAGUUUGCUUGUCUCUCUCGUGUCACCCAAGAUUGUUUUUUUAUCUUUGUACACCCGGGAACUGUUUAGCCUAGCUUAGCGUUAAGACUGGACCAAUAUUAGCCUCAGUCAAAUGUGAGAAAAUACAACAAUGCAACAACUUCAAAACGUUUUGUUGUGCGCAUCGUUGGGUCUAUUGAAAGAUCAUUUCUGGUCCCUUAUUGUUAAAACGGUACAUUUGAUGCGCUCUGACUAGCGUCUUGACUAGCUGCUAGCAAGUGUUUCUUAGCAAUUGUGCUAAGCUGGGCUAAACAUCCCGGACUAAUCUGUUAACCACAUUAAGAUGAUAAUGCUUUCAAUCUCCUCAUCUAUUCAAGCGAUAAAACAUUUUGACAAUAUGCAGCGUAUAGCUGUCACGUGUGUGAUAUUUGCCAUCCAAAGUGAAUUUGUACUUGUGCCACGUGUGCGAGUGUUUUAUGCAUACAGCCGUGGUGAUUGUCCUCUUCUUUUCUCAUCUGACUUGAGCGUUUGAAAUGCACAUUUGCCUUAUGUUGGAUUCAUUUGUGGUAUUCAAAGUUCUUGAAAACACAGGGAAAGAUCAAUUCUGUGCUUGAGUGUACUGUCGAGGAAAUAAAACGUUCUAGAAUUUUCUUACA